UUCCUUGUCCCCAGCUGGUGCCCGAAGCCCCCCUCCCCUUCCUCCCCGCCCCCUCCCCUCCCCGACCCUGCCCUCCCCCUUGUCCCGGGAUCUCUCCGUCGCACCCACCAUGAUGGAAGACGACGGGCAGCCCCGGACUCUACAAGGACUGCUACAUCUUCCUAGGUCUUACCCCUGCAGCACUUAGUUCACUGCCUGGAAAAUAAGAGACACACACAAGCUAAGACAUAUGGUUCUAUCAUCAGAAAACAAUAUGGUGUUUAUAGCCUAGAUAUGUAGGUAACCUCUCCAGAGAUGUGACGGAAGUUCUUAUACUUCAGUUAUUUAGUCAGAUUGGACCCUGUAAAAGCUGUAAAAUGAUAACAGAGCAACCCGAUAGCAGAAGGGUCAACUCUUCUGUUGGAUUUUCUGUUUUGCAGCAUACAAGCAAUGACCCAUAUUGCUUUGUGGAAUUUUAUGAACACAGAGAUGCAGCUGCUGCAUUAGCUGCUAUGAAUGGGAGAAAAAUUUUGGGAAAGGAGGUCAAAGUAAACUGGGCAACAACACCAAGUAGCCAGAAAAAAGAUACUUCCAAUCACUUCCAUGUGUUUGUUGGGGAUUUGAGUCCAGAAAUUACAACAGAAGAUAUCAAAUCAGCAUUUGCCCCCUUUGGUAAAAUAUCGGAUGCCCGAGUAGUUAAAGACAUGGCAACUGGAAAAUCCAAAGGCUAUGGUUUUGUAUCUUUUUAUAACAAACUGGAUGCAGAAAAUGCAAUUGUGCACAUGGGAGGUCAGUGGCUGGGUGGUCGUCAGAUCAGAACCAAUUGGGCCACACGUAAACCACCUGCACCUAAAAGCACACAAGAAAAUAACACUAAGCAGUUAAGAUUUGAAGAUGUAGUAAACCAGUCAAGUCCAAAAAAUUGUACUGUGUACUGUGGAGGAAUUGCUUCUGGGUUAACAGAUCAGCUUAUGAGACAGACAUUCUCACCAUUUGGACAAAUCAUGGAAAUAAGAGUUUUUCCAGAGAAGGGCUAUUCAUUUGUCAGAUUUUCAACCCACGAAAGUGCAGCCCAUGCCAUUGUUUCGGUGAAUGGUACUACGAUCGAAGGACAUGUUGUUAAAUGCUAUUGGGGUAAAGAAUCUCCUGAUAUGACUAAAAACUUCCAACAGGUUGACUAUAGUCAGUGGGGUCAGUGGAGCCAAGUUUAUGGAAACCCACAGCAGUAUGGACAGUAUAUGGCAAAUGGGUGGCAAGUACCGCCUUAUGGAGUAUACGGGCAACCAUGGAAUCAACAAGGAUUUGGAGUAGAUCAAUCACCUUCUGCUGCUUGGAUGGGUGGAUUUGGUGCUCAGCCUCCCCAAGGACAAGCUCCUCCCCCUGUAAUACCUCCUCCUAACCAAGCUGGAUAUGGUAUGGCAAGUUACCAAACACAGUGAGCUGGGACUCUAAACAAAAUUGUAAUUCAUAAUAGCUUCAGUUUCCUGUGACACUCUGAAGACAUGGAAGUAGACAUCGGAAAAUGGAAAUAUUUAUUUUAAAAAUUGAAAUGUUUGGAACCUUUAGCACAGCUUUGCUUUGGUGAAGGACACAUGUCUUCUAGUUCUGCCUUUUUAAGUUUUUGUUCAUGAUGGAUAUGAACAUGAUUUUUCUUUGUGUACAAAAACUAAAAUAAAGUCAAUAAAGACAAUUCUGACUACAAAUUUUAUAGGAGAAAUGGGUAAUACAUUUUGAUUACUAGAUACUAUUCCAUUUUUAUCUUGCUAUUCAGUAUUUUAACUCAGUUUUUAAAAGAGCAAAAAAAAAAAAAAAAGAA